CGUCCUUGUGCAGAGUCCUUGUGCAGAGUUUGGUCUUGAGUAGUUUAUGAAAACUGUUACUUUUGUUGCGCUGGCGUGGAACAUUUUCGACUGACAUGUUUCUGUACCUGCUUGGACUGGUGGUGUUUUACUACCUGUACCGCUGGUUCCGGGAGAUCCCAAGAAUCCCAGGAAAAGGAGACAAAUAUGUCUACAUCACGGGGUGUGACUCUGGUUUCGGCAACCUACUGGCCAGACAUCUGGACGAGCUGGGUUUCUGUGUGAUCGCAUCCUGCUUCACAGAGAAGGGAGAGGAAGAUCUGAGGAAGGCCUGUUCAGGCAGAUUCACCACCCUCCACCUGGAUGUCAAAAAGAACGAGAGCGUCGACAAAGCAGCUGCUUUGAUUAAAGACAAAGUUGGGGCUAGGGGCCUGUGGGCUGUGGUGAACAACGCAGGCGUGGCCAUGCCCUCGGCCCCAUGUGAUUGGCUGACCAUUGAUGACUACAAGUCCAUGCUGGACGUGAACCUGAACGGGGUCAUCGCAGUCACCCUGAGUGUGCUGCCCCUCAUCAAGAAGGCCAGGGGUCGCGUGGUCAACGUAGCCAGUGUGUUCGGCAGGAUCAGUCCAGGUGGAGGACCUUACACUGUGUCUAAGUUUGGAGUCGAGGCCUUCAAUGACAGUCUCAGGAGAAACAUGGUACCUUUCGGAGUCAAAGUCCUCUGCAUUGAGCCAGGCUUUUUCAAGACCACCAUGACCGACUGGAUAGUCCUGGGGAAAAGCUUCAAGCAGCUGUGGGAGAAGAUGCCACAAGAAGUCAGAGAUGAUUAUGGACAUGAUUAUUUGGACAAGGUGGAGGUGAGGAUGAGGGAGAAGCUUGACAAGAUGUCCGACGCCGACCUGAUGAAGGUGGUGAGCUGUAUGGAGCACGCUGUCGCUGCAGUCCGUCCUCGCACCCGCUACUCACCAGGGUGGGACGCCAAGCUCUUCUGGAUCCCUAUGUCCUACAUGCCAACCGGGUUCGUUGACUGGCUACUGCUCAAGAAAGCCAUCAUUCCAGCCAAGGCUGUCUACUAAGGCUGACUGCAUUCUCUAUGCCAGUAUCAAAGAUAAUGGUGAAACUGAAGACAGUUCACUCAGACCGUUCAUCAUUGGAGAAAAAACAUCUUAAAGGAGUGGCUCUACCAUGGACACCAAUUCAAUCGCAGCUGGGUCUGGUCUACUUAAUUCAUUGACUUCCAUUGAAACAGAACAUUUGUGGGAUUUCUCACUUCCUCUUCCAUCUCUGGCCAGUAUGACAUGGGCAGUGUUGGGUUGGUCUUUGAGAACUUUACAAGAUAAAUGGGGAUUAAGGUCAAGGUUUGACAGUCUUUGUCCUUGGUGUGCUGAUAUUGGUAUGUUGAAGGUUAACCUGCAAUAAUUGACCAAAAAGGAAGUUUACAAGCUUUGAAUCAUUCAGAAUCUUUCAACUUCACUGAUAUUAGCCGCUAUGAUUCAAAUACAUCUACGUUCAGGAAGGAAAUAUUAAAUUCUACAAAAAAUGUAAAUAUUGGUAGAAGAUAAGUACGUCUAUGAAAGAUUUACUUCAAUCUUGCAGCCCAUGUCAGAUUUCUACCUUAAAUACAUACAGUACCAGUCAAAAGUUUGGACACACCUACUCAUUCAAGGUGUGUCCUACUCAUUCAAGGUGUGUCCUACUCAUUCAAGGUGUGUUUU